GGACGAGCGGGAGACUUCGUUUUCGAGAAAUCUUCUGGUUCUUGCCUGCGUCUUUGCUCACCAAAGAGGUUAAUUUAGUGGACAGGUGUUUAUACGCAUCAUGUUACGGUAGUCCGAGGAACAUUUUAGUUAUCCUGGGGACCCAUUUUUAGGCUUAAUUAGGACAAUAUGCGCUUGAUUUGUACCGUCGAAGUCAACAACCGGCUGUGCCCCUCCCACAACCUUGCGAGCAGUAAAAGCAAGGGCCGUGGGGGCCAUGCCACUCUGACUCUGGGGAGGAAGCCUGGGUCGGACAGCAAGGAGGGGAUGGUGUUCUUAAUGAUGUGCACGGCCAAGGACAAGACAGGGACCAAGUAUAAGUUGAAGGGAAAUGUGGGACAAAUCUUUGGCAGGUUUGUACAGGAGGGAAAGGCCACCAUCCGCUUCCACCAGCCAGAACAUGACAUCUGUAUCAGCAAGGCAGACCCAAUAAACCUGAAGGCCCUGUUGUCAGCGGUGAAGCUGGCUCACCAUGGACAGGAGAUGUCACGUGCUCAGGUGUCCACCCUCACCCCCGCUAGAGCCUCACAAGUGGAACCUCCCAAAACCAAGAUGACUGUGUCCAAACGUAAAGACUACCCACUCACCAAGUCUUUCCCCAGCUCACUCCUUGAACUGAGAAUAAACCACUGCACUCUCAACCGCAUUGACACCAGAAUCUUGGGUCUGAAGCAUUUGAAGUUGUUGGACAUGAGUGACAACAACAUACGGACCCUCCCGGAGACCAUUGGUGAACUGAAAUGUUUAGCAGAUCUGAAUCUGUCCAACAACCAGCUGACAGAGUUGCCAGGAAAGUUCUUUCAGUCGACACUGAGAAACUCUCUCCAGUCUCUGGAUCUAAGCCACAACCAGCUGAGCCGCCUGCCCAACCAGCUGUGCGCCUGUGUGGAUUUGGUGUCCCUAAAGCUGGACAGUAACCAGUUGUCUGGACUACCUCCGUCCAUAGGAUUGUUGAGGAAGCUGAGAUUUCUCACAGCUACACGCAACCAUAUCACACUACUGCCAGCAUCCUUCUUGAAGCUGCAGCUGGAGACAGUGGACCUGUUUGAGAACCCAUUCCUGGAGGACGGACCGUCCACACUGACGGGAAACCUGACAUUUCCCUCUCUUCUGGAGAUCUCUGCCAGGGUUGUCAAAAAGCACAGACUUCACUAUACUGAAGAAGACUUGCCAAGGACUCUGAUUAGCUACUUGGAUGUAGCGAAAAGGUGCCUGUGUGGACAGCUGUGCUUCGAGAACUUUGUCCGCUUCCUGGCAAGACUGGAUCUACACAGACUGGCACAUACAGUUACUGCUGUGGACAGCCAAGGACGCACACAUGCACCACUGGAGGCUUUCCUAUGUUCAGAAGCCUGCAGUGCCAAGUACAGGAAGCAUCCAGCAGGCUUCUGGAAGUAACCUUUUCUCCCAACAAUUGAAUGUCUUGAUUUAGAGGUCUCCGAGAUCUUGGCAGUGACUUGAAGUCUUAUACUGGUAGAAAUUGUAAAUUUGUUGA